AUGUUUGAUCCUGAUAGCCUACCAUAUUAUGAUCCAUUGAUAGAAACCAAAAUUGCUGUGAUAACGGGAGGAAAUAGUGGGAUUGGGUACUAUACCACACUGCAUCUCUACAUGCAUGGGUUCACAGUUUAUAUAUGUGGUAGAAACUCCCAUAAAACAAAUACUGCAAUAUCAGAUAUAACAAAAGAAGCUAAGAGAAGAUUGAUUGCCAAUGGUGGUGUGUUGCAAAAUUUGGGCUCAUUGAAAUAUAUUCACUUAGACUUAACUGCUUUGAAAUCUGUAGAACGGGCAGCUUCCAAGAUCGCUAAAAUGGAGAAGAAGAUAGACGUUUUAAUAAAUAAUGCGGGAAUCAUGGCCGUUCCAUUUGAAAUGACAAGAGAUGGAUUCGAAAUUCAAAUGCAAACCAAUUAUGUAUCCCACUUUCUCUUUACAAUGAGAUUGUUACCUUUAUUACGUGAAUGCAACGGACGAAUAAUCUCAUUAUCAUCAAUAGGCCACCAUUUCGAAUUUUCAUACUGGAAAAUGGAUCAGCUGUGGGACUAUAAACCAAAUAUGAUCUUCACAUGGUUUAGAUAUGCAAUGACGAAGACUGCUGUUAUCCAAUUCACUAAGAUGUUGGCAAUAAAAUAUCCAGAUGUCAUAUGUGUGUCAUUGCAUCCAGGGCUAGUGAUGAAUACGAAUUUGUUCAGUUACUGGACUAGAUUACCCAUUAUAGGCAUAUUUUUCUGGCUAUUUUUUCAAGUAAUCGGUUACUUCUUUGGUGUUUCAAAUGAACAGGGGUCUUUAGCUACUUUAAAAUGUGCCCUUUCAGAUGACAUUAAUAUUGAAAAGCAUAACGGUAAAUAUUUCACUACAGGAGGAUUGGAAACCAAGAGCAGCUAUGUCGCCAAGAAUUUAGAUGACGCUGCGUCCACAUGGAUAUGGACGGUUCACGAACUGAAGAAUAGAGGAUUCGAUGUUUAA